GUCACGUGACCCACUCAGUUGUACGCCCGUGGACAUCUGCAAAAUGGAGGUGAGCAGCUCUCAAAUUUUGCAAAUUAAAUAGAUUGUUCGUGGAUUGCAUCAUUUUGACGGUCUCGGUGUGAUUUUAGUCAUUAUUUGAGGAGGAUGCACAGUAGUGUGUUGUAAUUUUUCGUUUGUUUGCGGUUCAGUAUUCGGCGCUGUUUGCACAAGCCAAGACUGCAGCCUGGCUAAUGGUGCUCGAUACUAUGAGGCUAACCUGCUGGUGUUAGCAUUUGAGAGCUGUAGUGAAGUUUUCUCUGAUAUUUGACUGACGAUAUUAAUUAAAGCCAUGAUUCGUGACCCGUGUUAGUGAAAUUAAUAGAGGUUUAUUUUCUUUACAGCAGUGAGGCUUUGUUCAGCCUGCAGCAUUACUGUACACUAGAGCUAACUGUAGGCCGCUCAGGCUAACCAGGCCUGAGCCUGAGCCUGUCAUUUUUACACAGAUGUGUUUUUACCAUCUCAGCUUUUUAUGCUUUUCAGUACAUUGAGGUUGAGAUUCGGAUGUUAGCCUUUCUAAUUCACAGAUGCGCAGGUGUAUUCUGGCAACAUGUUAUUUAGAGUUUAACCAUCCAGUCAAACCUCCUGUCAGAUGAAGUUGCAGUGCGUAAAAUCUGUUAUACAGCAGGUGCAGAGUUCACUAAUAUAACUAGCGGUUUAUUUCUGCAAGUACUGAAUGACAAUUUUUUUUUACAGCUGCAAUAAUCUUUUAUUUGUUGUUAUGCAUUUUAUAGGACCAUGGCUCUAAAGAGCCCGAGCAGCUCAGAAAGCUGUUUAUUGGGGGUCUGAGCUUUGAAACCACGGAGGAGAGUUUACGGGCCCAUUUUGAACAAUGGGGGACACUCACGGAUUGUGUGGUACGUGUUUCUUUAUAAGAAAAAAUACUGGUAAAAUCUCUUAAAAUGCUUCAUUUACAUUGUGUCUCUUUUUUUGUAUUUUCAGGUGAUGAGGGACCCCAACAGCAAGCGAUCAAGAGGGUUUGGAUUUGUAACCUAUUCCUCUGUAGGGGAAGUUGAUGAUGCCAUGAAACAAAGGCCUCAUAAGGUAGAUGGGCGAGUCGUUGAACCCAAGAGGGCAGUGUCCAGAGAGGUAAGCAAACCCCAGACCAGAGGGCGUAUUCUGUGGCAGUGUUGUUUCGAUUGUAAACACAUUGAUGAAUCUGUUUUCAGGACUCUAACAAACCAGGGGCCCAUCUGACAGUGAAGAAGAUCUUCGUCGGUGGAAUCAAGGAGGACACUGAAGAGUAUCACAUCAGGGAGUAUUUUGAGAAAUAUGGAAAGAUUGAAUGCAUUGACAUCAUGCAAGAACGCUCCACCGGGAAGAAGAGGGGCUUCUGCUUUGUGUCCUUUGAUGACCACGACACCGUGGACAAAAUUGUUGGUAUGUGGUUUCUUAGACUCUUAGAGUGGGAGCAUAAGAAAAGGUCAAGCACUGGUAUGAUUGAUACAAGUUUCUGUCCUGUUUCCCUUCCAGCUCAGAAGUUCCACACAAUCAACUUCCACAAUUGUGAGGUCAGGAAAGCUCUCUCAAAACAGGAAAUGAGCGCUAUGUCCACCAACAGGGGUGAGCGCACCAUCUUAUCAAGAAAUAGUGACAUUUUCUCAUCAUAGCUGUAUAGUGCAAGUUUUAGGUUGUAUUCACCUGAAAUAUCUGUAUAAUGUCAUCUCUUUCUAAAACAGGCAGGGGUGGAGGAUCUGGAAACUUUAUGGGGAGGGGCAGUAAUUUUGGAGGUGGUGGUAACUACGGCCGUGGUGAGUUGUUUGUUUUUUUGUCAUAGAAAUGUGACACUUUAAAAGAAUGUUUGUUGAGUUUGUCUCUUAUGGUACAUGGUUCCAACAGGUCCAGGCAGGUUUAGGUUUGUUAUCGCUAUACAAAUAAGAGUAUAAAGCUGUGUUAAUUCCAAAGGUUAAGAGUAGUAACUCCUGAAUUUAUAGUUGUAUUCAUGUCCUGCAAUCCUGCAUCAGUUAUAUCUUUAUUCUGGUGUCUGAACCUGGAAGGUAACACAUAAACAUGCAGAAUAAGUCCCAACAGUAAGUCAAAAGUAUGAGAACAUGACUUUUAAAGACAGAUUUGUGCAGGGAGGCAUUGCUUUUCCAACCCCUAACUCUUGGCAGUUAUUUAUAUACUAAUAUAUCUGCUCAAAAGUGUAUGUUUACAAUGUAAUGAAAGUUUAGCUGAAGGUGAGAGUAGAGAAGGUGAUUUCAUCUCUGUAAGAGCUGCAAUAAUAAACAAAUGUGUCACAGUUUUAAUACGUCAUAUGUUUAACCUUCAUUUUCAGGUGGCUAUGGUGGCGGACGAGGUGGUUAUGGAGAUGAUUUUGACAAUGGUGAGCUCUCAUUUAAUAUACCUCCAAUAAGUGGGAAAUGUUUUCAAAAAAGGAAAUGUGGUUAGCCACUCUUGGUCACAUGGACUGCUCCUGCAGCCAUGUCAUGGGUUUAUUAUUCCUGCUGGCUUAAACAACAACAGUGUUGUCUACAGAAAGUGCUUUACAACAGUGUGAUGUUGUUACAAACAAGGUUAUGUAAGUUUGCCCUAUUUUUCCCUUUCACAGGUCCAGGGGGCAAUUAUGGUGGAGGGCCAGGUUAUGGAGGAGGCAGAGGAGGGUAUGGAGGUGGUGGUCCGGGAUAUGGGAACCAGGGUGGUGGAUUUGGUGGCAGCUGCGAUGGAGGAUACGGCGGUAAUGGUGGAGGUAACCAUUUUAAUGCCUGCAGAAAUACAACUAAAGUGGUAGAUGUCAAUGAUUGAAACCUUUGAAUACUGGCCAUCAGAAAAUCAAGGCUUGGCUUCUAACUGACCCUUGGAUCUUCAGGUUAUGGAGGAGGUGGAAAUUACAACGACUUUGGAAAUUAUGGAGGACAGCAGUCCAACUUUGGGCCCAUGAAGGGAAACAAUUAUGGUGGCAGAAACUCAGGGGGACCCUAUGGUGGUAAGUUACAGUGUCCAACUGCCGAAGAGUUGACAAGACUUUGAAACAUUUGUGAAAUUAUGUCCUUGUUCCCCUUGGAGUUCCUUUUCUAUUUCGUAAUCGUCAAUCCUUGAUCACAGGUGGCUACAGCUCUGGAGGCGGCGGUGGCGGAGGAGGCUAUGGCUCUCGACGAUAUUAAAAGUUUCAUGUUUUGGUAAGUUGCCUUCAGUUUCACUGCACCCUCAGAGCACAGUACAGAGUGAGCCCAUGAAAGUGCAGAAUAACUAUUUGUUCUAUCCUGUAUCCAUUCAACAGGCUUCAGUUCUUAGCUGCAGAGGCGAGGAGGUGAGCAAAGGAGUUGUCAGGAAAGCUGCAGGUUACUUUGAGGCAGUCAUCUGAAAGCAUUAGAGGAACACACGAGUCAGACUUUUACUGCAGCUAAAUGGAAGAAGGACUGUUAACACAAGACAUGAGUGCAGAUGAUACCCUACCCUACUUGUGAUAGAUGUCUCCUAUUAAGAAAUUUUUCCUUUUGUGCGUCUGAAGUGUGUGUAUUGUGCCUAUGGUAUCAGGGGUAAAGAGAAAAUUGUUUUUUUUUAUCUUGAGUCCGUUCUUAAUAUGUUAAUUUUUUCUUUUUUAUAUGGGUUAGUUUUCUGCUGGCCAAUUAAUAUUUUGUCUUUUAACCUGGUUGUGUCAUAUAGUAUAGUCAUAUCAGGCCCUCAGAUGAGCUAGAAGUACACAUUUUUUUUCUUUCUGACGUUAUUAUGAUUGCUCAAUUGAAGUGUCAAAUGUACUAUUAUUUUGUAUGUGAAGCACAGUAUGUAAAUCCUUCACAGCACCAGUGUGAACAGCUAUAAGCAGCCUGGAUCAGAAUUAAGGGAAUCCCUCACUCUUUUUUUGUUCCCAGAAAACCAGAACUCUAGAUUGUUUCGGGUAUUUUGAUUAGUCGAAAAAGACCGAAUAAAAUUGUGUAGUAAAGUAACAUGAAGUUCAGUGCAUCAUUGGUUCAGAAAGAGAUUUAAUGAGUUCUUUAUCUGUUGCUUGCUUAUUGUGAAUGUGAAGUUAAGACACCACCUAGUUCAAACCUUUUUCCUCCUCAAGGGAGAAAUUUGAUAUUUUUGUGAGUGAAAAUAGUGUUUGUAUUGUCAAUACUUACACUAUUACAAGUGAGUGUUGUGUAGUCCUAGGGCAGGGGCCCAUACACCAUAUACGUUUGCCAGUGUUGAGCGAUUAGGAUUAUUUCAGCCACAAGCUCCUGCAGUUUGGCCCUCAGCAUCGCUAGUGUGGAAGAUUGCAGAUGACUGUCAGACAGGACGUCUUCAGCCCCAGCACAGUGGACCAGUCAGCAUUUUGAGAGAGAAGGGAGAAGGCAGCAUCGAGCACAUCGCCAUUGGAAGGAAGCUUGCAGUGUCGUUCCUGGUAGUGAGCAUCUAUCUCUCAUUUUCAAGGCUAGCUAUACCCUCCAGCAGCUGAUGCUAGCGAAGAAAGACUAGUGCCUGGACACAUUGGAUAUCCUGUUGAGUCAGACAUACUACAGUUUUACCCGCAGACGCUAGAUUUCAGACAUUAACAAGAAAAGGGAGUGAGUAUUUCACAAAAAGCUGGCUUGAAGAUGGAGCAGGUAAGAGUAACCACUUUGCUUGAUUUGCAGAUGUGGAAUGAGGCAUUCUCUUCUUGCUGAAAAUCUGUAAAGACCUGAUAACAUGGAAGGUUCUGGAUGGGUAAGACUUUUUCAAAAUAUUAUACAAGGCUACUCAUACUGUAAAUUCAAAAGUGCACAUGGUGAUUAAAACAAGAUGGAGGUUUUUGGAAAGCAAAACUAGCUCCACUUUGAUCUGGAUCUGCUGGAGACUCUCUCCUUAAUAACUUGUUUAUACUGAGGGGCAAAUAUGUAGUGAUAUGUUAUCGUUCUUUACCUCAAUAUUACACGUGUUUCACAUAAUUAUACUGAGAACUGACCAGUCUUAGAGAAAUAAGUAUGUAUGGUCAGUGAGCCUGAAUGUUAAUGACAGAAGUUCAAGUCCAGAAUGUGAAAAGUGUUCAUUUAAAUUCUUGCUAGCAUAAUUAGCGAAGCAUUAGCAUUUAAAAGGGGGGUGGAAAUUAGAAGUCUAAAAUGUGGUGCUGUUCAUUCAAUACUACCAAGAAAGUAUUGAGCUCACAUAUUUGCUAGUGUAAAUAAAACCGAGAAACAUUUUUAAAAUUAGACGCUUGCGUUUUUAGACCACACCAGAGUCUUAAAGUGGCAUUAACAGUAGCAGGUUGUUGAGCUAAGCUACGGCUACCUUAUCUAAUGCAGUUUCUAGAUGUGCAUCACUCAGAGGGGCAUUAUCAGGUCACCACCAGUCUUUGAUGCUUAAUUAUAUAAUUAAUUAUGUAUUUUUAAUAACUUCAAAAUCAGUAAUAGCAUUUAAUGUAUUAAAUGUACUCUCAUGAGCCACUUUCUAAUGAAGACCAAUGCUUUGUACUGAUCUGGCACUAAUAUUCCCCCAUAAUAAGAUGAUUUUCCUCCACUACAGGCAGCCAAAUGUCAAACUGUUUCACAUAAAGGGUGCCCUGGUCUGAAGUUAAAACUGCCAGUAAAUGAGCUUUUAAGUAUAAAACACUGUAUGCGUAAUACAGUGUUUUAUACUUAAAAGAUCAUUUAAAUCUCAGUAUCAACUUUAUUUGCUUUCUAUGGGUUUUAAGUAUUGAUUCAUUUUUACAGCAAGGCCAAAAUUUAAAUACCAAAAAAAUCCUCUAAAGCAGUUUUUUUUUUCUUUCUAUAAUAAAUAAUCACCAUGUCUCUGUUGUAGUUUGUAAUGACUGUACCGACGGAUGUGUUAGCGAGUUGAAAUGUUCAGUUUAAAAUCACAUCUUCAGUAGAAAGUGAUGAAAUGAUUCAAAGGACAAACAAUGCCAGCUCUUCCUCUUCAAUCAGAUGAAAGAUAGUGUUUCUGCACAAGAAUGUGGAUUGACCAACUUCUCUAAAGCAGGUCUGCUUGGUAAAAGCACAUCAGUAUCGCUGCACUAUGUUGGCCGCGCAGUGAAUUUGUGUAAAUGUACAAUGUGUCUUGUGCUCUUUAAUAAAAACAUUUUUCAUGA